CGUUAAAAACUUGCUAAAUAUUGCAUUAUUAUUUAAAAAAAGAUACAAUGAAAUUUAUUUAUUGCAUGCGAUUUAGUCAAUUAGAUUUACAGAAGGUUGGGUAACGUGGCUCAAUUGAUUCAAAAAAUUUAAUAAAUACCGAAUCUCAAUUUGAUCAAUGUCCUUUUGAUUUCUCCCUUUUAUUCGAAAAAUUAAUUAUAACGCUCCUACCGUUCCAUGCACUUCCUUUUUUUUUGAAGGAUAAAUUUGACAAUUUUUCUUUUUUUUGUUUAUUCACUUUCUUUGAAUAUCUAUUUUGAAAAAAUCAAACAUACUUAAAACCAUGUCCUCUCAAGGUAUUUGGCCGCUUACAAGUUCAGUUGAUUGGUGCGAAGAUAAUUAUGCACAUUCAUAUUACAUUGCUGAAUUCUGGAAUACAAUAUCCAGUAUUGCAAUGAUAAUAUUUGGAGAAGUUGGUGCAAGGAUAAAUUCAUGCAAUUCAUUUAGAUUUCGAUUAGCUUUUCGUUUAAUAUCUGUCGUUGGUCUAGGGAGUUUGCUAUUCCAUGGUACACUUACAAGUCAAAUGCAAGCCCUCGAUGAGGUUCCAAUGGUAUGGUCAGCAUUAACACUUCUUUACUCAUUGAUAGAAUCAAUUUUUGGUAAAAAAGGAAAAUGGUUACCAAUUCUAUUAGCAUUACAUGCAGUACUCUGUACAGCAUCAAUAACGAUAACAACAGGAGCUUUGCAAUUUGCAUUUUUUCAUAUCUCAUUUGGUAGUUUAGAAAUUAUUAGUUUAAUAUUGAUGUUUCAAAUAUAUUCUAAAAAGAAAAAUUCUCAUCCUCCAAUUAAAUAUUUAUUUGAAAAAGGUUUAUUGAUUUUUCUUGGUGCUGUAACAGCUUGGUUAAUCGAUUUACAUUUAUGUGAUUAUGUUAAUGGUGGAGAAAAAAGUAUACUUCCAUAUAAUCCUCAAUUACAUGCUAUGUGGCAUAUAUUAGCAAGUGUUGGUUUAUAUUUAUUGGUCGUAUUAAUUUUAUACAAUUGGCACUAUGAGAAUGGUCGAAAAUGUAAAAUUGAAUGGCGGUAUGGUGGUUUGGUUCCUGUUUGCAGAACAUUGGAUGUUGAAAAUACGAAUAAGACAAUGACUAAAGCAGCGAAGUAAUCAUUGAGAAAGAAAAGUGGCAAUCGACAUUAUAAGAAGCAUAGGGAUAAUAUAUUUUUCUUUAAUUCAUAAUACAACUAAUACAACGUUUAAGUAAUAGUGCGUGCGUAGCCUUACAAUAUUGUUAUUAUUAUUAUUAUUA